CUCGCUUUUGCUUCUUCGUCAAUUCCCUGUGUCUCUCUAACUCUCUUCUCUCUCGUUCUCGCCCUCGCAAGCACUUGGAGAAUAGAGAUGUCUCCGUCAGGGCAUAUCACGGCCCUUCUUUGCCCCGACGUAUGACGAACUAGACAAAGAUUCCGACUUGCCGUCGCUUCACAAACAUGGCUCAUCAUCCGCAUCAGCUAGACAACCCCAGGUUCCACUUGGAUGCCUUGUACUGUUCGGAAGAGCACUUGGAGGAACAAUCAGGCCCCGAAUAUUUCCACCACGAAUUAGAACAAGUAGACGAGUGCUAUCCUGGCAGUGACGCUCAAACAAAGGCACCUCCGGUGUUGCUCGAACAGGACCUUUUGUGGGAUGAUGAAGAGCUAACGUCUCUGCUGGCCAAGGAACGUGAAAGCCAACUCUGUACGCUACUGGAAACCAACCCUCUUCUCUCCGCAGCUCGCAGAGAAGGCGUGGAGUGGAUUCUCAAAGUGAAUGCCCACUACUCCUUCUCUGUCCUCACAGCUGUUCUUGCCGCAAACUACCUCGACAGGUUCCUGUUCCACUUUCAAAUUCAGGAUGGAAAGCCUUGGAUGAUCCAUCUUGCUGCCGUCGCUUGUCUUUCCCUCGCGGCCAAGGUGGAGGAGACCCACGUCCCCCUUUUACUCGACCUCCAAGUGGAGGAGAGCACAUACCUGUUCGAAGCCAAAACCAUCAAAAGGAUGGAGAUUUUGGUGCUUUCCUCUCUUGAGUGGAAGAUGAACCCUGUAACCCCACUAUCGUUUCUCGAUUACAUGACUCGGAGGCUGGGCUUAAGGGAUUAUCUCUGCUGGGAGUUCCUCAGGAGGUGCCAAGGCAUUAUUCUGUCCCUCAUUACAGAUUCGAGGUUUAUGAGUUAUCUUCCUUCUGUGGUGGCGACUGCGACAAUGAUGCACGUUGUGAAUGGUGUGGAAGCCGGCCUAGGAGUGGAAUACAGAAACCAGCUUCUGGGUAUUCUGGGAAUCGAUAAGCAGGACAAGGUGGAUGAAUGCCACAAGCUCGUAUUGGAAUUUACGACAGAGUACCAGGUGAAGCAAUCCAACAAACGCACGUUUGGUUCCGUUCCAGGAAGUCCAAACGGUGUGAUGGAUGCGUCAUUCAGUUGCGACAGCUCCAAUGAUUCGUGGGCCGUGGCUGCGUCUGUUUCGUCGUCACCGGAGCCUCUCUCGAAGAAGGCCAGGACUCAAGAUCAGCUUCUUCUAAACCAUCCUACUAAUUCAGAAUUCCUCAGUAUUCCUCCCUGAAUCCCCCAAUCCCUGCAUCUAAUCUUAAGGAUGGUCUCUGUAUGUUCAAUAAUACUAAUCUAUCCCCAUUGUUUUCCCCCUUUUUUCUAUGCCAAGUUAAAUUGCCAACUGUCUCUGCGUAAAAGCACUUGUCCGCUCCAAAUUUGCAAGUCAUUAGAUAGACUUUCCACAAAAUCUGAGAUCGAUUGGAAGCGGUCGAGCAGAGAUCGUUGGCAUUUUAUCCGGAAGUAAUUAAAGUACAUGAUCAUAGUAAUGAAUUAUUAAUUCAUGAGUA